AUGUCUUCCCGAAAGAGAAAGCAGGACGAGGAAGAGGAGGAGCUCGUCUCUCUCCCCGAGGAGGAUGAUGGUGAGGAGGAAGAGGAGUAUGUCUCCACCGCAGACGAGGAAGAAGACGACGACGCCGAAGAGGAGGAGGAGGAGGAGGAUGACGAAGAAGCAGAAGUAGAGGAUGAAGAUGAGGCCGAGGCUGAGGCUGAAGCUGAAGCCGAAGCUGAUGAAGGAGGUGACGGCACGGAAGAUGCCAAGGCCGAAAAGAAUGGCGUACAUGACGACCAACCCCCUGUGAAGAAGCGCAAGACGGCGGAGGCGCCUACCGAGGAAGUCACCAAUGGCGAGACUGCCAACGGCGACGACUCCAAGAAAGAUGCUGAUGGCGAUGCUGCCGGCGCCGGCGCCGAAGACGAAGCACCUACCAUGGAAGCCGUCAAGGCGACUGAACCUCCGGCAACCCAUACAGAGGCAGAACCCGAGGCCGUUGCAGCAGGAGGCGAUGAGUAG